CAAGGCCUCAAUGCCUCACUCUCUGUGGACUCUGUCAAUAUCUUACAUCUUGAGCUGCUCUCUGCUCUAGAAAAGAAAACUCGAACUAAUUACGGUGCCGGUCUCAAACAAUUCACUCAAUUCUGCAACAAUUUGCAAAUUCCUGAACCCUCUCACAUGCCUGCAUCAGAUGCCCUCCUCACUGCCUUCCUUGCACACUGGCAAGGGCGCACUGCUUGUAGGACCGUUGAUAACUGGCUCACCAGUCUGCACUUCUGGCACACACUCAAUGGCACUCCAUGGAGAGGUGAUGCAUUAGUACGAAUCAUCUGUGAAGCAGUUUCAAAAGCUGUUCCCAUGUCCUCAGUAUGGCCCCGAUGGCCUCCAGUCUCCCUUGAACAUAUGCAUGCUUUGCACUCUGGACUUAACUUGACAAACUCCUUCGACACCGCAGUAUACGCCUGCACUUGUGUCACCUUUUGGUCUGUUUGUCAGCUGGGCGAGCUCGUCAUACUGAGCGCUGGCCUCACGAACCCUCAUUAUCAUGUUUUGCAAACUGCCAAGCUACAAUUUCACACUAUUGUGGGUAGCAUCGAGUAUGCAACUCUACCUAUCCCCUGGAUGAAGACUACUCAGCAAAAUGGUGCUGUUAUUAUCAUUUCUCACCUCGAUGAUCCCACCAGCCCUAUACCUGCACUCCGUCACCAUCUUUCUGCAAACGCAGCAAUUCCUGACAUUGCACCUUUCUUCACCUUCAAAAUGGCCUCUGGAGGCUGGGCACCUCUUACACGCACGUGGUUUCUGGACUGCUGUAACAUAAUUUGGACGGAAUUUGGCCUGCAGUCAGUCACCAGUCACUCCUUCUGUAUCAGUGGUGCAACUGAACUGCUGCUGUGUGGGAUGCCUCCCGACGUUGUCAUCAUACAAGGCCACUGGAAAUCACAUGCAUUUCUGGACUAUUGGCACCGUAUUGAACAAAUUAUACCGCUCUUCAUAACCAAUUCUUUUGAUUGCUCCCAUCUUGAGCUUGUUCGCACUUCUAUGAAUCGUUUUCAAUGCAAAUACUCCAGUUAA